UCUGAAGGUCCGGUCUUGUGUCGAGUAUUCUCCCAUUGCUUCAGGCGUAACAUCACUACAAGGACAGUUCAGGCUACUUGAGCUCAACCAGCGAUACGGUUAUUGUCACAGUAAUUCUCCAGGUCCCACCAUGCGAAGCGCGUGUCUCCUCAUGAUACCGGCGCUCCUGCUCCUCUUGGCGCUUCCACUCUCCAGAGGACGCUACAAUGAUGACUUUGACGAUGGUGAGGACCUAGCAGACUUUGAUGACAAUGACUUCGCUGAGUUUGAGGACAUGAACGAAGAUCAAGCUGCGGAGGCAGAAACUGCCCCCCCGCCUCGCGCCUCGCCGUCCUCACAGCCUGAAGAGGACGAAGAUGAAGAUGAAGCCACUGUGGAGCUGGAGGAUGGCAUGGAUGGGUUUGACGACUCAGAGACACAGGAUCAAGACAUGUACAGCAAGUAUGACCAGGAGGAGUUUGAGGGGAUUGGAGACAUGGAGAAGCCAGGCCACUCCAUGAAGGACCCCCUCAUAAUCCACACUGUUCCUGCACAUCUGCAGAACAGCUGGGAGAGUUACUACAUGGAGAUCCUGAUGGUCACCGGCCUGUUGGCCUACAUCAUGAACUACAUCAUUGGCAAGAACAAGAACAGCCGCCUGGCUCAGUCCUGGUUCAACUCUCACAAGGAGCUGCUGGAGAGCAACUUUGCAUUAGUGGGUGAUGACGGCACCAGUAAAGAUGCAGUCAGCACUGGAAAGCUGAAUCAGGAAAAUGAGCACAUCUACAACCUGUGGUGCUCGGGGCGUGUGUGCUGCGAGGGCAUGCUGAUCCAACUCAAGUUUCUGAAGAGGCAGGACCUGCUCAACGUGCUGGCCAGGAUGAUGAGGCCUGCCGGGGAUCAAGUGCAAAUAAAAGUGACUCUAAAUGAAGAGGACAUGGACACGUUUGUGUUUGCUGUUGGCACCAAGAAGUCGAUGGCCAAGCUUCAGAAGGAGAUGCAGGACUUGAGUGAGUUCUGCGGUGACAAGCCCAAGUCUGGAGCGAAGUAUGGGCUCCCAGAAUCCCUGACUAUUCUCAGUGAGAUGGGCGAGGUCACAGAUGGCGUGAUGGACAACAAGAUGGUGCAUUAUAUCACCAAUAAUGCUGACAAGAUCGAGUCCAUCCAUUUCUCGGACCAAUUUUCUGGUCCAAAAGUUAUGCAAGAGGAGGGUCAGCCCUUAAAGCUGCCUGACACUAAGAAGUCACUUAUGUUUACAUUUAAUGUGCCUGGCAUGGGCAACACCUCUCCCAAAGACAUGGACGCUCUGCUCCCUCUGAUGAACAUGGUGAUCUACAGCAUCGACAAGGUCAAGAAGCUGCGUCUCAAUAGAGAGGGCAAAAUAAAGGCUGACAGAAACCGUGCCCGUGUGGAGGAGAACUUCCUGAAGCAGACUCACGCUCAGCGGCAGGAGGCAGCGCAGACUCGCCGGGAGGAGAAGAAGAGAGCCGAGAAGGAGAGGAUCAUGGCCGAGGAGGACCCUGAGAGACAACGUCGACUGGAGGAAGCAGCCCAGCGACGUGACCAGAAGAAGAUUGAGAAGAAGCAGAUGAAGAUGAAGCAAAUCAAAGUGAAAGCCAUGUGAAACCCCAGCCCAGGGAUACAAGCACACCUGAAACAGUGCUCCGCUUCUUUCGAGUCACCACGGUCUGCAGCUCUGGCACCAAACAGACAUCCUGUGCCUCCGGGUGUGUCAAGCUCUGCUGUCUCUGUCCCCACCUGCGCCAUUUGGUGUGGCUAAACCCAAAUGACUGAGAGUGAACUGUCCAUGUCAAGUGAGAGGGACUUUUUCAUCAUCGCAUCACCAUGUUUCACCCCUUUUUUUGGUCUAAUUUUGUUGUCUGUUUGCAAGCUGUGUCGCUCUGGGAACUUCUUUUUUAACUUCAUCUGCUGGGAAGGAACAAACUAUUUGGUGGUUACUUGAGCCACAUUCUAAAAGGAAAUUUAAUAGCAUUAAUAUAAUCUUAGAUGAGACUAUCAAUAAAAAAUGUAAUUUAUAUCUGCUAUGAGCUUGGUUUCUUGCAGGCUGUUUCUGAUGAAUAUCUGAGCAAACAUAAUAAAAUGCACUGGAGUCUGUUGGAAA